CUUGUUGCGCUUUUCAUGCCUAAUAGCAAAGUUGAAAAACUGUGGACCGGUAACCAGGUAUAUGUUAACUCAUAUAUCUAUUGCUCUUUUUCACUUCAAUAUGUAUGUUAUUUUUGUUGUUUUAAUUCUUUUUUUUUUUCACAGAAACUUGUUAAUUUGAAAUAUAUUGACCUCAGUAAUGCUAAGCAUCUACGUAGAAUGCCAAAUUUUUCACUUAUCCCAAAUUUGGAGAGCUUGAUUCUGCAAGGUUGUACCAAACUUGACAGAUUGCCAAAUGACAUGGAAAAUUUAAGAGCUUUGGAGAAACUUGAAAUGGAUGACAUUGCUUUAGCAGAAAUACCAGUGUUUAUAAAAGGUUUGGUCAACCUUAAGGCAUUAUCUUUGGCAAGAUGUAAGGUGCAAAUGCGAUCGAGUAUCUCACUCACUGAUUUACUGGUCCUCCAAAAAAUGGAAAGUCUAAACCUGGUUGAUUGUUGCAUCAAAGUGUUAACCAACAAUAUUGGUCAAUUUCUCUCAUUGGAAUAUUUGUAUCUUAACCAAAACAAUUUUGAGAGCCUACCAGUGAGCAUCAAAGACCUCUCUAAGUUGCGAGGGCUUUAUUUAAACAAUUGCCAAAGACUUAAAUCCUUACCAGAGCUUCCUAUCAAUUUGCUGUAUUUACAAGCAAAUAAUUGCACGUCUCUUGAAUCAAUAUCAAGUCUACUGGCUUCAUUCCUAAGUUUUCGGUAUUAUACAGAGGAAAUUGGCUUCGUCAAUUGUUCCAAACUCCAAUUAGAUCUGACAGACCUUCUUUUGAUUAUUGAGAGAAAAGCAGAUGAGUGGCGUCGCUCAAAGGUAUGCACUAAUCCCAUUCCACAAGCUUGUGUAUGUUACCCUGGAAGCGAAAUUCCAAACUGGUUUGGCUGUAAAAGUAAUGAUACUUUCAUAGAGCUUCCAACAGGUUGGCUGAAUGAUAACUUAAUUGGUUUUGUUUUAUGUGUUGUUGUACCAUCACAAGAAUAUCAACAACUUAGAAUUUCCCGAGUCAGGUUUUCUUUUAUUGUUAAUGGAGAGAUCAGUUUCGUGGGCACGCUUUUUGAAUCAAAAGAGAUGAAGGCAGAGGUUAUUCAAUUAGAUCAUGUAUUCGUGGGUUAUGCUAAUUGUAUAUUCUCCUGGGAAUUGCAGACAUUCAAUUUGAAUAGCCAGGGUGUUAUUGAGUUCUCUGUUGAAACUAUGGAUAACCCUACUGUAUGCUGGGUGAAAAAAUGUGGAGUGACUUUGUUGUAUGCUAAAGAUGAUGAUGAUGAUUUGAGAAGGGAAGGAAGAAUGGACAGAGACAAACGAUUGAAAACUGGACAUUGGUAUGCUGAUAAUUGUUUGGCGUGUUAUCUAGGUUCUUGGCGAGCACAUCGUAACUUGCUGAGUUAUUUCAGCGAAAAACAUGGGGAUAGAUGGUCUCCUAUUCACGAAGGAUGGGUUUCUAUUCACUAUGGAUGAUGACCGAAAGAAAAGGUGAUGGUAGAGUGACUAGACCUACAAAUACUAUACCGAACAAAUCAAAGUUUCACAAAUCAUAACAGAGGUUCAAACUCAGACCGUCUCCCUAAAAGUUUUUAUGUUUCACCAAUUUUGCUAUCAGUUAGAGUUUUUUGUGCUCUAUAAUUCUCCAUUCUAGAAUGCUGAAGUGCCUUUUUUUAUGUUAUUCAGUGUGCUCUCAGGCUGGCUUUAUCUCAGGCGCGCAAGCUGAUGAUAGGCUGCCAACUCGGUGUGUGGACACAUAUUCCCUUGAUUGUCAUUUUAGUGUUCUCUGGAUUUUCUUGCCAGGAUUUGGAUUAUGUUAGCCAAAUACUAAUUAUUUAUGUUUUAGAUGUUAACUGCUAUUAUACUGAAGCUACUAUUUGGUUUAGUACGCCAUGAAAUGAUAUUGGUUGCUCUUUAAUAC